UUACUUUUACUGUAGAUGCACAUUUUUUUAACACUAUACAGUUUUCACCAGACAGUUUUUAGGCAUAAAGGCUAUGAAAAGGUGUAGGCCUAAAUCAAAUCACUUUUCUUUCAUAGAGACAUCUACACUGUUAUUUUGGGGUGUUAUUGCUGCGGCUGCAGCAGCAGUUAAUCUUUGACCAAGCUGGUGACCAGCCGGUAAAGAUGAGUCAACCAGAGAUCAUCAACUUCAUAAUCUGGGAACCUGUGCACUCACUCCCUCAUGUGACAGUCACACUGCCAGAGACAAAGGUCACCCCGUACUUCAUCCACUUCUGUCAGAAGCAUUCAGGAUGCCAAAAACACCAGCCGUGUUUCUUCUCCUCGGUCUCUGUCUGUUCGGGGCAGCUGACGCCCUGUACAAGCAGUGGAUACCCGACACUAACUAUGAAAACAAGACCAACUGGGACAAAGGGUCCGUGCCCUGCGGUAAUGACAUAGUGCAGUUCUCGGCUCAGAGGAAAGUGUCUGUGUAUGUGGAGACGGUCCACUCUGUCCAGGAGAUCCAGCUACCGGUGGACGGAGAGUUCAUCCUUCCCUCGGGCGGCUUCACGGUCAGUAAUGGAGGGGACCCCGGUUGCGGGGCCGGCGUCACUGCCCAGUUCAAAGAUGCAGAGUCUCUGCAGUGGUUCGACCCGGCGCUGUGGCAGGCGGCAGAGUCUUUAGACGACCUGGAGAAAGGUCGCUUCCUGUUCUCGGUACACGAGGAGAGCGUACCCUGCCAGUAUGACAAUGUGUUGUUCCGCGCUGGCUCCUCGUUCCGCGUGGACACUACCUCCAACCAGCCCAGCGUCCCUGUCCAGAGUGUGUCCGUUCUGGGGAAGAAGUUCAGCAGCAGCUCGGAGUUCACCCAUUAUCUGGGGUCACACUCUGGCCGGCUGCAGUUCCACGGAACCUCAUCCCCCAGCGUCGGGGCUUCUGGCUGCAGUGAUGCCUCUGGCUGUGACUGUGGGAACUCUGCGAAUCACAACAGGAUCUGCGGCACUGUGACAUGCGCUCCUAUGAGCUGUAAGAAGCCACUGUACCCCAUAGGACACUGCUGUGACGUGUGCAGCGCCAUCGUCACCAUCCAGUAUUCCUCAGGCUUCAUCCUUGAGUCUUAUCGGAAUCGACUGCAACACCUCUUCCUUGGUCUGCCCUCGUACCAGUCCAUUCAGCUAGGCAUGUCCAAGGUGCUCAAAUCUCAGUAUUUCCUCGGGGUGAUCCCACGUGCGGCUGCAGCUGAGAUCCAGAUCGUGCUCCUGGAUGGGGAGUCUGGUGCGGUGGCAGAGGCCCUGGCUCGGGACAUAUUGAAGGACGUCCAAGCCCAAGGCUCAAACCUGGGCAUAACCGGGGCUGAGUUCCAGGCCUCUUCUGGGGCCACCAGUGGUGACGGGGCAGGGGACAACGCAGGAGUUGUGGUGGGAGCCGUGUUCGGCAUCCUGAUAGUAGUCAUUGGUCUCCCCCUCCUGGCUGUCCUCUUCCGCAGAGGCGUCAUAAAAAUGCCAACCAUGCCCACCAUCUCCAUCCCUUCUCUGAGCAGCUUAAGGAGAAGCCAGGAGGAGAUAGGGGAGUUCACGGACCACGGCUUUGAAAACCCCAUCUUCGACAAGCCCACCAUGAUGCCCGAAGUACCAGGUAUCUAUGGGACUGAAGCCGCCAACUCUAUCUCCCUGACGCCGUCAGGUGUGCAUUUUGUUAAUCCUGCGUAUGAUGAGAACGAGACCUCAAUCGAUUUCUCUGCCUGAGACUGUGUGUCAUGGUAUCUGUAAAUAUUUUGUGCACAUUCUUAUGAGAAUCAUUUCUUACGUGUUGUAAUGUAUCAAAUCAAAUGUAUUUAUAUAGCCCUUCGUACAUCAGCUGAUAUCUCAAAGUGCUGUACAGAAACCCAGCCUAAAACCCCAAACAGCAAGCAAUGCAGAAAGGCCAAAACCUAGGAAGAAACCUAGAGAGGAACCAGGCUAUAUAUGUAUCUAAAAUGUAAAAAUAAUAUGUCUCAUGCUUAAUUUCAUCUGAAGUAUUAGGUAUUUUAAAAAGUCAAGCAAUUCAUAUUUGUAAAUCAAUUCUAAAAAGAUUUGGCAAAAGCUUUGUCACAUUGUUAAUAUGAUUUACAUUGGAUUGACCAUUGACACAACAAUGAAAGACAGCCCUUGAACUCAUCUUGGUAGUUAGUACUCAGCACAAUGUCAAAUAAACAUAGUAUGUUUUUGCAUAUGAAAGACCAACCACAGUAGUUAGCAAGUCAGUCACUUGCUAACCUGUUCCAAUAAAAAGGGCAGUUAAAAGUUAUUACUCAAUCCCUCAGUGUCAUGUUUUGUUCUAUAUCAAAUCAAAUUAUAUUUGUCACAUGCGCUGAAUACAACAGGUCCAGACCUUACUGUGAAAUGCUUACUUACAAGCCCUUAACCAACAAUGCAGUUCAAGUAAUAGAGU